GGCACCAAAUUAAAUCCAAGAUGGUGGCAGUGCAGGGGGUGGACAAAAACACCUAAGACUAAAGAUAUAAGAUAUACUCUGGUCAGCCUAUUUCAACAGUUUCAAGAUGGGUGCUAAACAGUCAGUAGAGUUACCAGUAGCAGAUGAAGAGGCUGGUGACCCUGUACAUGACCUUCACCUUGACCUUCAAGGUCGCAGAAGGAAUACCCAGUAUGCCCAGCGUCUCCAGGGCAUGGCCAGGAUGAUGACCAAUCCAAGACACACCAGGACCAAAGCCAGGCUUGGGGCGGCGGUGGUGGAGGAAGAGGAAGACUUCGCUGGCAAUAAGGAAGGGAAGGAAUUAAUGAAGCAGCUGUACAAAAAGCUUGACCCGACAGUGAUGAAGACAAUUGGGGUCAUCCAGGGUGAGAUACAGCUGUCAUUUAAGUAUGAUUUCAACAGUGAGCUGCUGCUGAUAAAGGUCAUCAAAUGCAGAGAUCUGGACGCCAAGGACCUGAGAGGGAAGAAUGCUAACACUUAUGUCAAGCUUUCCCUGUUUCCUGAUGACGACCAACAAAGGUCCAAGAGCACCCAAGUUGUGAAGCAGUCCCUGAAUCCAGUCUACAGUGAGAUUUUCUCCUAUGUGAUACAGGAGCCUGGUCUGGUUGAUAGCAGACUAAUAGUACAGGUAUGGAACAAAGAUGUCAUGGGUCGUGAUGACUUCAUGGGCGAGUGUUUGGUGAAACUGAAUGCAUUUAAUUUCCGAGAAGAUCCAGUGCACACAGCGUGGUAUGACCUACAGAUGGAGACUGACCUGGGGAUAUCAGGAGACUUAAACCUUACCCUGGCCUACAGACUCCCCCAGACCCUGCUGGUCACCGUCCACUCAGCAACUGACCUGUCCAAGAAGAACGGUGACCGGUCAAGUCCCUUUGUGAAGGUCACUAUACCAGGGGUGGCACAGGUGGAACAGACUGAGAUCAUCAAAGGAACCCUAAACCCAGUGUGGGAGGAGACAUUUGAGUUCCAGGUGCCUCAGGAAGAGUUUGGCUACAGGUACCUGGUGUUUCAGGUGAUAGACUCCAGUGCAGACGCUGAGAGUGACGCUCUUGGUCAGGUGAUCAUUGACCUCAACAACCUUGACCCAGAACAUGGCUACAGUGGACCCUUUGGACUAGAAGAUUUGAAAAACAGUGAGCGUCUAAGAGACAAAUGGGCCCAGAAAGCCAUAGUUCAGGAGUUCAGAGAGUCCCUACUGGCACACUCCACCUUUAAAGAACCAAAGUUCCUCUUCCAAAAACAGUCUGGGAAUAAAGUGAUCACAGUCACAAGUCGUAAGGCUGGAACACAAGCUAAGCUACGAAUAGUCAAUGGAUUACCUGUGUAUUGAGACAGGUUCAUUGGAUUCGGAACUUUUUAUCAGAAGUUUAUUUUUUUUUUUGCAAUUUAUUAAGCUUUGAAUAUGCUGUGAGAAGAAAAUCCAUAUUUAGAUAUAUAACGGGAAACUUGCUUGUUCUGCUAAAUACAGUUUUUUGCCAAAACAGCAGGGGAACAGGUUUUUUGGAGGGUGUGUGUGUGCGUGUGGAUAAAGUGCUGUCAGUCAGACCAUACAAUUAAUAUGUGAGGAAAAUGCAAAGAUUCCAUAACUGUUUAUUUUGAGGACUUUAUGCAGUGCUCUUUUAGCUCUGUCAUAUUAUAUUUACGUUUAAAGUAUCACUUUCCAAUAUAUAUAUAUAUAUAUAUAUAUAUCAGGAACAAGGUAUUUGUCUUACAUCAGACAACUGUUAUGGUUGAAAAGUCUUUUUAAGUAGUUUAAUUUUUGAAAAUAACUUAAAAAUCUAUAUAUCUAUAUUUUAUAUAUCUCUAAGAAGAUGUGUACAUCUCUCCUCCGUCCACAAAGCCUAAGGUCACUUGUAUGUAAUAUAUUGGUUACUGCUCAAGGUGUUUGUCAUGUGAAUGUUAGCACAGUGUCAGGUGAUAUACGACAUGGGUAUAGUUGUGAUGGUAAGAACACAACCCCCCCUCAUCCCCCCUCCUCCGUGUCUCUCUUUCUCUCCCUUUCUUUCCCUCUCUCUCUCUCUCUCUCUCUCUCACUGACAAGAGCGGAUGUCAUUUGUCAUACUUUUUAUUUAUUACAGUGCUCUCAACUGUGGAAUUUGUAUGUCAUGCAAAAGUUGCCAAAACGUCUGCAUUGUCUUUUAUAUGAUUUCCCUCAUACAUUUAUUCUCCUGCUGUAGAUAUUGUAAAGGUCUGCCAUUGCCCCUUUUCUUUUUUUCUUUUUUGUUUGUCCCAAACACCCCAGUGACAGUAACUUCACACUCCUGCCUUGUUUUUUUCUCCAAGUCAUGACUUAGCGUCAUCUGUGGACACCUUAAAGUGGAGGCCUUAUCAACAAUGGAUCAGCUGUAAGAUCUGAUAUCUUCUCAUGAUGUCUUUAUUAAGGGCUUAAUCGUGUUCACUGUGGAGAGAGAUAGAACUGAUUUCAGCGCGGCACACGGCUCCCACUAGGUGUGUGCCUUGUGUGCACUAACACCCUUAGAAAUUAGUAAUCAAGAUGUCGCGCACAUUUGUUCCCCAAGUUAGUAAUUAUGCCAUCCGGCCCAACCGACACACUCAUACUAUAUUGUCCACUAUAAGAAUCUAUGAGAGGAAAUUGUAUGAGGAAAUAUAGGAGACUCUUAGCCUGAAAAUAUUUUUUAUUUAUCAAAUGAUUAACAGUUAAAUUUCAAUUUUUGGGCUAUGCACUUCAAAAUUGAAUUCUUCUUUGCUUCACUGUCUUAUUUCAUGUUUAUUUUACUUUGUAAGAGAGAGCAUAUUUUAAUGCCUGGAGUACGGAGUUUCGUUAUCCUUAUUCAGAAUAUGUUUUACUGUUUGUAUGUUUGAUAUCAUAAGUAAAAAUUAUUAAGCAAUUUUUCAGAAGGAAGUAAUUUAAUUUGGAUUAACUUCUACAGUGCUGUUUGCCCUUACUUACUUAAUUUCAAUAUUAAUUCUGUAUUGAAACAGUUUUAAGAUUUAUUAUUAACUUGAAAAAAGUAUCCGAUCUUGAACAAUUUUUUUCUAAUGAUUGCCAGUAAUUGCAGCAUAGUUGGCAGCUUGAUGCAGUUGGCAGUGACAUGACAUUCAGAGGGGGAAGUUGAAGUUCUCUCUAUUUAGGGGCUUUAUCUCACUAUGAUUGUGUACUUGUGAUAAAAGUAUGUUUCAAUAUAUAAACAGUGCAACAGUAGGAAUAUGCAUGUAUGCAUGCCAGUGGUUUUGUUGAAUGCUUUCAUGUGCAUGCAUGAAUGCAAGUGCAUACACACACACACGCAUACACAGUUAGAUGCAGUACAGGUAAAGUUCACAUAUUUCAUAUAAAAACAUGCUAGGUCAGAUGUAACAACAGACAUAAAAACCAACAGUUUCAACGUCAUGUCACUGCGGAGCUGAAAGUAUUCUUAUUAAGCAGUUGAAAUUGAGUGUUUGCAUGUUGGGAGUAAUUUUGUUAAAAAAUUUGUCAUUAGUCAAGCUACUGGAUACGGCCGCCCAUGCUGUCUCCUACUGAAACGAAAUACCAUUCCAUUAAAUGCUGCCCCUCCCUCCUCGCCAUAGUAAUGAUCUUUGACAUAAAAUAAGUAAGGCUCAAAUAGUUUUAUGUUUUUUAAUAUCAUAACUAAAAAACACUGUCCUUAUUUUGUAGAAUCUUGAAACUGCAUUUUGGAAAAAAUGUCAGUAACUUCUGAUCAUAAGAAAAAGAAGUGAUUUGCAAUAUUUAUGUUGACAUAAAAUUAAUUUGUUCCAGAACAAAUCUCGGUGGUCAGUGCACCAGUUGACAAAUGAGUCGCACUAAUUAUAUUGUCCAGCGCCAUGCCACUAGUUGUUGUCAAUGACCAGGGACAUGAGCACAUUUUUUAUUAAUAUCAUUACUUCUACAGCAUCCAAAAUUUGCAUAAUUUUUCCAUGAGGCACGUAGGUCAAAUUGCUCAGUUGCUAUGAUUUAUUGCUGCCACGGCAACAUGGGAAUUGCGCCUUCCACCAUCUUGGAUGCUGUCUGCUGUUUGAGUUAUUAUUUAGUCUGAAAUCGUUUGUCAUAUUUUUUGAUAUAUUGCUCUCUCUCAGAUGAUUUUUGGAUAUGAUUUUAUGGUGUUAAACUUAAAGUGUAUAGCUACAUAUAGUAAGAAAGUUCCAUUUUUGAAAAUUGUGAUCUUUGAACAUAUGAUUAUGAUUUAUGUUGAAAUAUUUCCCAGUGCAGUAUUUGUUCUCUUAAUAUAUCAGUUACAUGGGUAUGUGCUAUUUCUCUUCUUUUAUCCUUGGUUCCUUGGUUGGUGAAGAAGUGGCUUUGUGUGUAUUGAAAAAAAAACUGAAACCCUUAUGACUGAAUACAUUACAUGUGACAACUAUUUUUACCCAAGCUGGACUUGGGGUUUUUUAUAUAUAGAUUUAAAAAUAAUGCUUGACAUUUCUAGACUAGUUAACUAAAAUUAGUCAAAAUUUAAGUAUGGUAUUAAGUCAGACUAUUUAAUCAAGAACUGAAUUAUAUAAGUAUUUCUUUAUAGAUUUUUUAUUGUACUAAGUUUAAACUGUAUGGGUAGACCUGUACUUACUCUUAUGGUAGUCUCUAGUCUUUCUUGAAAAAUAUUUUUAUAAAUUUAUUGUCACCUGUGUUGUCACCUUGAUAACAUGUAAUUUUUGGAGAUUUAUGUUUAGAUUUAAAUUCAUAAAUAAGUUUAAAAUAUCUAAUAAAUAUGAAUAAGAUAUAAAGACAGAUAAUGGUUUGAGAAUAAA